GGCGCUUGGAAGGGGAAGUCGAUUCGGCUGCUGGUGGGAGGCGGAGGUGAACGGAGCCGGCGAGGCAGCGCGAACGCCGCGGGUGUGGGAUCAUGGUUAUGAAAGCCUCCGUAGAAGAUGAUGAUUUGGGAUGGGAGCCCAGCAUACCUGAGAAGAUGGAAAAGAGCAAUACAAGCUGGAUAGACAUUACCCAAGACUUUGAAGACUGCUGUAGAGAACUGAAGUUGGGGGAGCUGCUUCAUGACAAACUUUUUGGUCUUUUUGAAGCUAUGUCUGCUAUUGAAAUGAUGGAUCCAAAAAUGGAUGCUGGUAUGAUUGGAAACCAAGUUAAUCGAAAAGUUCUUAACUUUGAACAAGCUAUCAAGGAUGGUACAAUUAAAAUUAAAGACUUAUCCUUACCUGAGUUGAUAGGAAUAAUGGACACUUGCUUUUGCUGCUUGAUAACGUGGUUGGAAGGCCACUCUUUGGCUCAGACAGUAUUUACUUGCCUUUAUGUUCAUAAUCCAGACUUUAUUGAGGAUCCUGCCAUGAAGGCAUUUGCUCUGGGGAUUCUAAAAAUUUGUGAUAUUUCCAGAGAAAAAGUAAACAAAGCUGCGGUGUUUGAAGAGGAAGAUUUUCAGUCCAUGACAUAUGGCUUUAAGAUGGCAAACAGUGUGACAGAUCUUCGAGUUACAGGUAUGCUAAAGGAUGUUGAAGAUGAUAUGCAAAGGCGAGUUAAGAGCACAAGAAGCCGGCAAGGAGAAGAGAGAGACCCAGAAGUAGAGCUUGAACAUCAGCAGUGCUUUGCAGUAUUCAGCAGAGUGAAGUUUACCCGAGUGUUAUUGACUGUAUUAAUAGCCUUUACCAAAAAAGAGACCAGUGCAGUUGCAGAAGCUCAGAAACUGAUGACUCAAGCAGCUGACUUGCUUUCUGCUAUCCACAACUCAUUGCAUCAUGGUAUCCAGGCUCAGAAUGACACAACAAAAGGGGAUCAUCCUAUUAUGAUGGGGUUUGAGCCUCUUGUUAAUCAGAGAUUGCUUCCUCCAACUUUUCCUCGCUAUGCAAAAAUUAUUAAAAGGGAAGAAAUGGUCAACUAUUUUUCAAAGCUUAUAGACCGAAUAAAAACUGUAUGUGAAGUUGUCAAUUUAACUAAUUUGCAUUGCAUUCUGGAUUUUUUCUGUGAAUUUAGUGAACAAUCACCUUGUGUUCUUUCAAGAUCACUGUUACAGACCACUUUUCUCGUGGAUAACAAAAAGGUGUUCGGUACUCAUCUCAUGCAAGAUAUGGUAAAGGAUGCCCUGAGAUCUUUUGUUAGUCCUCCAGUCCUUUCACCUAAGUGUUGUCUGUAUAACAACCAUCAGGCUAAGGACUACAUUGACUCCUUUGUCACACAUUGUGUUCGACCGUUCUGUAGUUUGAUUCAGAUACAUGGACAUAAUAGAGCUCGUCAAAGAGAUAAACUUGGCCACAUUCUUGAAGAAUUUGCUACUCUGCAGGAUGAGGCAGAGAAAGUAGAUGCAGCACUUCACAGUAUGCUACUGAAACAAGAACCCCAAAGGCAACAUUUGGCUUGUUUAGGCACCUGGGUCCUUUAUCAUAACCUUCGCAUCAUGAUACAGUAUCUUCUGAGUGGGUUUGAACUGGAGCUGUAUAGCAUGCAUGAGUAUUACUACAUAUAUUGGUAUCUCUCUGAGUUUCUCUAUGCCUGGUUGAUGUCAACAUUGAGUCGUGCCGAUAGCUCUCAGAUGGCUGAGGAAAGAAUUGUGGAAGAGCAGCAGAAAGGCCGGAGUAAUAAAAAAACAAAGAAAAAGAAAAAAGUCCGUCCUCUGAGCAGAGAGAUCACCAUGAGCCAAGCUUAUCAAAACAUGUGUGCUGGAAUGUAUAAGACUAUGAUUGCUUUUGACAUGGACGGCAAAGUGAGAAAACCAAAGUUUGAACUUGACAGUGAACAAGUACGGUAUGAGCACAGGUUUGCGCCAUUCAACAGUGUCAUCACACCACCACCAGUACACUAUUUACAAUUCAAGGAAAUGUCUGAUCUAAACAAAUACAGCCCACCUCCUCAGUCCUCUGAUCUUUACAUGGCAGCUAGCAAGCACUUCCAGCAAGCUAAAAUGAUACUGGAGAAUAUCCCCAAUCCAGAUUAUGAGGUCAAUCGAAUUCUUAAAGUUGCUAAACCCAAUAUUGUGGUGAUGAAGUUGCUGGCAGGAGGUCAUAAAAAGGAGUCUAAAGUUCCUCCAGAAUUUGACUUCUCCCCUCACAGAUACUUCCCAGUAGUGAAGCUUGUUUGAAAGGAGAGUAAAUGUUCUGUAACUUGUGCAACCCAGAGCUUCCUCUGGUAUGCUUUUUUAUAUACUGUGCUCAAAAAGGACGUGGUGCUUUUGGACAAAAGUACGGUUGUGUCUUGAAUUACUGUACUCUGAGUUCUUUACAUGGUCUGAAUGACCACCAGUUUUAAAGUGUCUUGUACAAAGUUCUUCUGCUUGAAAUUGUUUUAUCAACUACAUUGUUGAAGCAUUGUGCAUUGAUUUUAUUACAGACUUAUCUAUAAAUAA